UGAAAUAUGGUCAUUUCCCCUUUCGCUCCGUUCUUAUUGGCAUGCGUGAGAUUCUGUCGCUGCACAUUGGCCAAGGUGGCAUCCAAGUCGGCAACUCGUGCUGGGAGCUCUACUGCCUCGAGCACGGCAUCCAGCCCAACGGCCACAUGCCCGACGAGUCGACGGCCAGCUCAGACAGCGCCUUUAGCACCUUCUUCAGCGAGACGGGUGCUGGCAUGCACGUGCCCCGCGCGAUCUUCGUCGACCUCGAACCCUCGGUCUGCGACGAAAUCCGCACGGGCACGUACCGCCAGCUGUACCACCCGGAGCAAAUCAUCUCGGGCAAGGAGGACGCGGCCAACAACUACGCGCGCGGCCACUACACGAUCGGCAAAGAGGUCGUCGACAAGGUCCUCGACCGCAUCCGCAAGCUCGCCGACAACUGCACGGGCCUCCAAGGCUUUAUGGUCUUUAACGCUGUGGGCGGCGGCACCGGGUCGGGCCUCGGCGCCCUCCUCCUCGAGCGCCUCUCGGUCGACUAUGGCCGCAAGUCGAAGCUCGGGUUCACGAUCUACCCGUCGCCGCAGCUCUCGACGGCCGUCGUCGAGCCGUACAACGCCGUGCUGGCAACGCACGCGCUGCUCGAGCACACGGACAUAAGCAUCCUCCUCGACAACGAAGCGAUCUACGACAUUUGCAAGCGGUCGCUCGACAUCGAGCGGCCGUCGUACACGAAUUUGAACCGGUUGAUUGCCCAAGUGAUCUCGUCGCUCACAACCUCCCUGCGCUUCGACGGCUCGCUCAACGUCGACAUCACCGAGUUCCAGACCAACCUCGUGCCGUACCCGCGCAUCCACUUCAUGCUCUCGUCGUACGCGCCGGUGAUUUCGGCCGAGAAAGCCUACCACGAGCAGCUCUCGGUCGCUGAAAUCACCAACUCGGUGUUUGAACCGGCGUCGAUGAUGGCGAAAUGCGACCCGCGCCACGGCAAGUACAUGGCGGCGUGCCUCAUGUACCGCGGCGACAUCGUCCCGAAGGACGUCAACGCGGCCGUGGCCACGAUCAAGACGAAGCGCACGAUCCAGUUCGUCGACUGGUGCCCGACCGGCUUCAAGUGCGGCAUUAACUACGAGCCGCCGUCGGUCGUGCCGGGCGGCGACCUCGCCCGCGUCCAGCGCGCGUGCACGCUCAUCUCCAACACGUCGGCGAUCGCCGAGGUCUUCUCGCGCAUCAACCACAAGUUUGAUUUGAUGUACGCCAAGCGCGCGUUCGUCCACUGGUAUGUCGGCGAAGGCAUGGAGGAAGGCGAGUUCUCGGAGGCGCGCGAAGAUUUGGCGGCGCUCGAGAAGGAUUACGAAGAGGUCUCGGCCGAGACGCAGGACGCCGACGACAUGGACGUCGGCGAAGAGUACUAAGUGCAACGUGCGACGAUAUAUGUCGAUAUAUAUAUAAAGACUAUGGAUU